UGUGUGAGGUAAGGACGAGGACCAAUCAGGUGACAGGAUGCUAGCUCGGAACCGCUUCAUCCUGCUGGUGUUGGUGGGGGCGGUGCUGGCUAUCGUCAGCCUCAGCCUCCAGUUCUGGCUGGUUUGCUGGCCAUUACGAUGGCAGAGAGACAGGCGGGCUGGCGGGCUGGCAGACAGACAGACAUUGAUCACUGGUGCAAUAAAUUCUGCUCUCUGUUGGACGGAUGAAUGCAAACCAAUGAAGAUUGUAAAACACAUUCUUGAACAUUCUCUAUCGGGCCUUCAACAUCCCUGGUGGACUCAAUCAGCAAGUGGGCAUGGCUUAAAGUACUGGUUCAGUUUCCAUUUUGUUCUAUAUCUAUGCUUCCAUCUGAGACUCAUCACUUCCACGUCUGCCAAAGAUGUGUCAAGACUUUGAUGUCCCACACACCUUCAUAAAAUGAGAUGGACUGAUUCCAGACAGGAAGCCCAGCUUCCACAGAAGCAAAUACAUAGUAAAGUAAAAUAAAAUAAAAGAGAUAACCACUUAUUAUGUACAUAUACACAUUUAUAAAUUUGUAGGGCAUUCAUACUGGUUAAAAAGUCAUCAAAAUGCAACCAUUUCACUAUGAGUAAGGAUGACUGCUGUAGGGGAAGAGUCAAGCAGUCAGUAAAAUAGGCAUAGGGCAGGUUUAACUUCUCCUCCGACGGUUUUUGAAGAAGUGUCCACUAUUCUGUUCUUUCUGCACUGGUACAUGCUUCUGGUUGAAUUAGAAACUCAUUUUUGACACAGCAAUGCAUUUAAAAACAUGCUCUCCUAUGUUCCUCUGAAGCCCGGUUUCCCUAUAGCCUAUGCACAAUACAAUUGCAGCUGAACUUUAGUUCAGCUGCAAGAAGUCACUGCAUCGGAAGGCACCCGGUGCCAAACGUUGAGUUUAUUCGAACGAAGCGUACUGUAUUUAGGUCGUUCUUCUAUAAUAUCUCUGUAUAGUGUUGACAGUACCAAGUACUAAGUGUGCGAGCAACCCCGUAAUGAGUUGUGAAACAGUUUGCAAUAAUCUUUUUCAUUUCCCGUAACAACUAUAAUGUUUUACAGAAGUGUGUUGCCUUGUAACUAGAUAAGGUUAGGAUUUGAUGCUUUUAAGCCACACAGUGAGUCACUUUGCGUCGUUUGCGAUAAAGAUUAUUUUUAAAGCACACAAGAAGAAGCCCAUCAGCCAUCUGCCCCUCUAUUUCCUCUUUGCCCUUUGCUGUUUGUGUUAGCCUUUCUCCUCAAUGUUUUUCAGCGGAAAUCUUGUCUUCAGUGUUUCUCUCCUGAAAAUGUCUCAGGGUUUGUGUUGGGCGUUUCUGUACCGUGUGUAUUAAUCGUGGUUGCUGCUGUGUACAUGUUCUCAUAGCCCGUUACAAAAGGCCCAUUAUGUAGUGGACCAUGCUUUAGUCAGGCUGCACAGCCAGAGCGGACAUGAGCAUGUUUGCGUGUGUGUGUGGGUGUGCUUGUGUUUUUGGCAAGGGGUGCACUGGGUGCCGAGGGGAACAGGUUGUAAUAGUGAAAGGGCUUCAGUGUGUGGCUGCACUCCUCACUAGCCCACAGUCUGCAGAAUGCUCUCCAUCGCUGCCCCACACCUUCUACUGGUCCUUCUCGCUGUGAACCUGACGCCCACCACUCCCCUGGAGAAGGAGCAGGUCCCGGGGGGGGCGGCGGGGACCGGCCUGGGGAAGAGCAGGAAGAGGGUCAUUCCUGUGCCCCACACCAAAGCCCCAGAGCUGGACCCCAUCGCCGAGGCCUAUGGCUACUGCAACACCCCCAACCGCACGGAGCAGGCCUGGGAGGGUCACAGUCCCGCGGACUACACCCUGCUCUCCGUUCAGGUCAUGAUUCGCCAUGGCGACCGCUACCCCCUCUACUCCAUCCCCAAGACCAAGCGUCCGACCAUCGACUGCACGCUGUCCCCCAACAGGAAGCCUUCCCACCCCCAGCUGAGCGCCUUCAUCAGCCACAUGGCCAACGGGGACCGCGGCCACUGGGAGUCCACCCUGGGCUCCGUGCCCCGCCUGCCCAACCACAGCGCCUGUGAGAUGGGAGAGCUCACGCAGACAGGCGUGGUGCAGCACCUGCGCAACGGCCAGCUCCUCCUCCAGGCCUACAAGCGCCACAGCCUCCUCCCCUCGGGCUGGUCGCCACGGCAACUCUGGGUGGAGACCACGGGCAAGAGCCGCACGCUGCAGAGCGGCCUGGCCUUCCUCUUCGGCUUCCUGCCCGACUUUGACUGGCCCAAGGUGACGGUGCGCCAUCAGUGGAGCACGCUGUUCUGCGGCGCCGCCUGCGACUGCCCCGCCCGCAACCGCUACCUGGAGGAGGAGCAGCGGCGGCAGUACCGCCUGCGCGUGGGCGACGCCCAGCUGGAGAGCACCUACGCCGAGAUGGCGCGCGCCCUCGGCCUGCCCAACCGCCAGCUGCGAGCCGCCAACCCCAUAGACUCCCUGCUGUGCCAUCUGUGCCACGGCCUGCCGUUCCCCUGCCUGCAGACGGCGCCCGGCGGGGGCGGCGCCAAGGCCUGCCUGACCAUGGAGCAGUUCUCGGUCAUCCGGCGCCAGCAGCUGGACGACGAGGCGGACAAGCGGCGGGUGGGGCUGUACCGCAAGUACGCCGUCCUGGCAAUGCACCCCUACCUGAACCGCACGGCGGCCCGCAUGGAGCGGGCGGCGCGGGCCAAGCCGGGCACGGCGGCCGCGGAGGUGGCGCUGGCGCUGGCGGCGGCGCACGAUGUCACGGUGGCGCCGCUGCUGAGCGCACUGGGCCUGGAGGAGGCCCGCUUCCCCCGCUUCGCCGCCAGGGUGGUGUUUGAGCUGUGGAGGAGCCCCCCCGCGGCGGGGGGCAAGCCGCCGGCGAAGGGCAAGGGCAAGGGCACGCCCGGCGGCGAGGCGUUCGUCCGGCUGCUGUACGACGGCGAGGACGUGACCUUCCACACGGCGUUCUGCCGCGCCCACAAGCGCCACGGACCCCGGCCCCUGUGUCCCCUGAAGAACUUCCUGUCGUACGUGAGGAGGGACAUGUUGGCCCUGCUGAACGCCUCGUCCUACCAGGAGGCCUGCUACAAGCGGCCCGGCUGAGGGGGGGUCCCCACGGACCCCCCGGAGCGUGGGCAUUACAGCGAUGACACAUCGUCCAGGGCUUUGGUUUCCUUCUUUUUAUUUUGUUUCAUUUCCACUUCUUUUGAUAAUGGUGCUUUUGUGCUGUUGAUAGUGUCUUAAAGAGUAGCUCAGCGCAGUAUCCACAAACCUCAGGAGGACCAAACGAAACCGGUGGCCGGGUGCUCGCUCUCCGUGCCCCUGGGCAGGAAGAGGAGUCCUCACCUGGAGAGGGACGGAACAAUAGCCAGCGAUGGCCAGAGAUGGCGCUGUAGAUAAGGUUUGAUGGAAAUGUUUGGUUCCUGUUAGAAAAUGUUUUUUUAUGUCCCUUUACAUUCCCUUAGUUUAUACACAUUCUUCCUUAAGGUCGGAGGGCUCUGUUCCUUGAGUUUGACCUCUGCCCUAUUCAGAUCAAGUUGACAGCAAUGUCAUUAAGAAACCAACAAUUGUAAACCUUUGUACACCGCUUUUUCUAAAUAUUGUCUUUUCAGAACAUGUUUGUACGCUAAAUGCAAUUGGUCGGAAAUACAACAGCACAUGGCCACUUUAAAUCUCUACCUUUUCUAUAAGAGCAUAGGGUGUUGAAAUGUCGUUGCUUGAUGCUAACAUUAACUGCCUGUUUGAGAAGGGAGAAAGACCGGGGAAAUAAACCUCACAAUGCUGGAUUAGUAAUUCCUGUUUAAUGUGUAGUCAGUAUUAAACAUGUAGAGUUUAAGGGAAAA